AUGUCUUUCUCUGGCAGCACUCUCGUCAGUGGCUCCUGGUCGACGCCCUUCGGUGCGCCUUUCUUCGUCUGGAACGGAGAAGGUUACGCCAAGGUCCCGAUCGAGACUCUCCGCGCGCAGUAUGUCAUGUGGGAGUCGGCCCGGCUGGCGAGGUGCGCGGCCGUGGUCGAGGUCGGGGUUGAGGUUGAGGUUGAGGAGGAGGCCCGGGAGGGUCCGGCUGCUGGCAGCUGGGCCGACGAGGUUGAGGAACUUUUCAGCGGCGACAUCUCUGACAGCCUCAACAUCGAUACCGCCGGAUUCGACAACCUUUGCGACAUCACCUUCGACGACAACGACCUCUCGUGGAUCGCCCUCGACAAGGACGACCCCUUCCUUCGACAACCUCGAUGCGACAUCACCUUCGGCCCCAUCAACAUCGACAACGACUGCUCGUGGGCCGUCAUUGACAUGGACAACUCCUUCUGCGGCGACAAGAGCACCGACAUCUACGUGUUCCUCGGCCUCGGCGCCUCUUUCGACAACAUCGCCGACAUGGACUUCGUCUCGCUCGCCGACACCGCGAGCCUCAACGUUCUCGACAGCCUCGACUCUGCCUUUGGUCUCGCUCCGAGCGCCGCCGACACCUCGAUGUCCCUCGACUCGGUCCUUAACGCCGCCAUCGACGUGCUCGCCGACCUCAAGCUCGACAUCCCGACCGACUUCGACGCGAGCUUCACCCUCGACCCCGCGGGCGUGUGCGGACUCGGGCCCGGUCCGACCGGUGCGCUCUCCGGACCCGCGGCGAGCGCGGCGGGGGGUAGACUCCCCCUGCCUGCUGCCACGCUGGGCGAGGACACGCGUGCCGCGUCCCUGGCGUCCUUGGACGCGCCGCUCGCCCCGAACGACACCCCGGCCGACAUCGCCAGCCGGGCCCCCGCGGGCGGCGUCGCGUGCGCGCCCGGCUGCCGUGCCGGACUUGGACUCAGGCUCGGGGGUGGGUUGGCUGUCUCUCCCGCUGGGCCUGGGGACGGUGCGGUGGUCGGGACGGCGCGCGGCGUCGUCUCGCCCAGCCUCAAGACCGACGCCAUCAGCAGCAAGACCGGCCAUUGGAUCGCGGUGGGUCGGGUGCUGGCCGGCCUUGACGAUGAGUAUGAGGUCGUGGACAUGGACGUGAGCGCGGACGGCGUCGUGAGCGUGCGGGUAGCGGGCGUGCGGUGCGGUGAGUGUGGGCAGGAGUGCGGGCGGGCGCGGGUCGGUGACCGGCGGCUCGGUGGUGUUCGGCUGUCGGCGCGCAAGGCCGCGUUCGAUGGGAGCUGGUCUCCUGUCAAGCCGCGGCGCGCUGGCGGCUUCCGGUGGCCAUUCGGGCUGCAGUUCAAAAUUUGA